CGGUAAAGUCAACGCGCUACUAUUACCCGUGUCUAACCCCAGCUAAACAUCGGCUAGAUUCAUAGUCGCCGAAUAAGCUUAGGAAAGUAUAAUGUACCGAUGGCAAGGUGUCCCCUGAAAAGUGCAGAUUUACGGCCUUCUCAUGGAACAUCUUGUCAUCGGUGCACAGUAAAUGCUUAUCGCUGUAGAUUCACAGUCGAUGCUUAAGAAUAAGUCCGCCUUAUUUGUAGAAAACGAGUUUUUAUUUGCCUUCAUUGAGGUUAUGCUUUUAAGUCGACGAUAUUGAGGACUUAAGCACGCGUUUGAAGGUGUUAUUGUGCAGUGUUGAACAAUUUAUUUUGAUUAAUUGUGGUAAAUUAUUUUUAAAAAUGUACAAAAUGGAGUUGGACUUUGCGGAUAUCGAGAAUAUCGAUGAUAUCGAGGACAUUGAUCAUAAUUUGUAUACAUAUAUGUAUAUCCACGAAUAUCGAGACGAUAUAUUCGAGACGGAAGUGACUCGUUUGAUUGUUUUGUCCGCCUUUUCUCAUGGCACCCCUGCGGAAUCCACAGACUGGAGAAGAAAUAAGGUACAAUGAAAUCCAGUUCAGGACCCGACAGAUAGUAGAAAGAACGUUCGGUGUUUGGAAGCGCCGUUUUCCAUGUCUUACAAGGGGUUUAACAACGAAGUUCUUAUGUUCCACAACAACGGUAAUUGCAUAUGCUGUGUUGCAUAAUUUAGCCCUAAUUUUCAAUGACAUUGUUGUAGAAGAAGAUGAAAUUGAAAACCAAAAUGAAGAUGGAGAAGAAUUAUUAGGAAAUGUGGAAAAUGUUAAUGGCAUUGAUGGAUUUGCUACACGUGAAGCACUCAUUGUCCGUAUGUUUCAUUGAGUAAUUGUGUCAAACGAAAUGUAAUAAGGGGUUUUUUCUCAUAGGUAUUUCCAAAAACCUAUAAUAACUUUGUUUUUCGAAACUAAUAAAAAAUACAAAGGAGUGUUAGUCAA